AUGUUAAUCUCUUUCGAAUAUCUUUUAACAUGUGCUGCUGAUGAGUUAGGUAUGCUUGAAGAUUCUGUCGAAGCAAUUCAUGCAUUAGAAAAUGUUCAUGUACGUUUUGUGCCUGCAACUGCAAAUAAUAGUUUACUUCAACCUCGGUUUUUUGGUACAAGGUUUUAUUGUAAAGUUGUGAUACCAUUGCCAGCUCAUAUGUUUGCUCGAUUACCACAAAAACUGAAAGAUGGUGGAUCAAUUCGGAUUGUACCAAUCGUAUUUAAUAUAGGCAUUGAUCAUCGAGCAUCACUUGCACGAGUGAAGGCGUUAGUAACAGAAAGACAUGAAAAUGAAAAUGACAUACCUGAUUUAAUGAAAUUACUUGAACAGACAGUCUAUUCGAACAAACCAAAAAAUGUUGAUAUUUUUCCACUGGCUGAAAAAAUUUGUCGUCGAGCGUAUGGAAUGCGAGUCACUGGUUGUAAAAGUGCUAAAGAUCGUACAUCAAUGGGUUUUACAUUAGAACAAGGUCAAUUACUUGUUAAUAAUCACAAUAUUGAUCGACAUGAUUUACAAGAUAUACUUAAUCAAUUUCGACGUAAUGGUACAUCAAUUGAAAAUGCACUGGCUAAUACCGGUGCUAAAGCAUAUGCUUUUUCAUAUAUACAAUUACGUACAUUUCCAGAAUAUUAUCGCGCUCAACCCGGUACUUAUGGCAAUGUUCAAACAUAA